CUCCACGCACAUCACCUUCGCCGAUCUCCCAUUUCGCCAACAUGUCCGGCGCGCGACACUGGGAGCAAGAUAAGGACAGUACGCUCUACAUCGGAAACCUCGACGAACGCUGCAGCGAUGCAUUAGUAUGGGAAUUGAUGCUUCAAGCUGGACCUGUGAUCAACGUGCAUUUGCCAAAAGACCGCGUCACGCAGUCGCACCAGGGCUAUGGCUUCGUCGAGUUUGGAAGUGAGGAUGACGCAGAUUACGCAGUCAAGAUCAUGAACCAGAUACGACUCUGGGGCAAACCCAUUCGAGUCAACAAGGCCUCUGCAGAUAAAAGAGGCGGCGAGAAUGGCGCAGGAUUGGGAGGCGGACAGGGAGUCGGCGCAGAACUUUUCGUGGGUAACCUGGACAGCAUGGUAGACGAGAAGGUCCUAUACGACACAUUCUCACGAUUUGGUCCUCUCCUCGCAACACCAAAGGUUGCACGAGACGAUGCAAACCUCAGCAAAGGCUACGGCUUCAUAUCCUACUCCACCUUCGAGUCUUCUGACGAAGCCAUCGAACAUAUGCAUGGGCAAUUCCUCAUGAACAAGGAGAUCACAGUACAAUACGCCUACAAGAAGGAUGGAAAGGGUGAACGACACGGAGACGCAGCAGAACGAGCGCUGGCAGCACAAGCAAGAAAGCACGGCGUGGAAGUACAAAUCCCAGCUCUGCCCGCAGCACUGGUCAUGCCGAGCAACACUCCUUCUGCUCCAGCCGCUAUGAACGGCGGAUAUCCAGGCGUCGUACCAACUGGCAUGCCACCACGACCCACACCGCAACCUCCUCCGGCAUACGCAGGGUAUGGAGGGUACGGCGCUCCUCCAACACCAACAGGCUUCGGCCAACUCCCCACGCCAACCAUGACAGGAACAAUCCCGAAUGGUAGCUAUCAACAUCCUCCACCUCAACCUCCUCCACCAAGUCGUCAAUACAACCAAUCACCACUCCAAGCACCACCUUCAAACGCAGGACUACCAGCUCGCCCGCCACCUUCUCAUGGUGGGUAUGGAGGUCCUCACAAUUUACCUGGAAUGCAACAGCCAUUUCAAGGUCAGGGUGGCCCUCCACCACCUCCUGCAGGUUUCCCCGGUGCGCCGCCGUCAGGUCUGCCUCCUAUGCCGAACAUGCCGCAAGGUUUCAGACCACCGCCGCCUCCUGCGGGCUUUCCGUCGGGUGGAUCACGAUAGGGUCGUGGAUCUCAUUCUAGACAGAGUUCCAGGAGUAGUCGGAGUGGGAGCGAGGGACCGAGAUAUUAUGAGUGAGUGAGGCGGGCAUUCAAGUCUGAAAAUUAGCGAGGCGUUGUGGAUUGGGAAGGGAAAGGAACUGCAUGAAAACGGCGUUGACCGAAAGUAGCAUAUGGGAUUGCAGAACACGCGCUCUCACGCGCCUUUUUUUUC